AUGCAUUUAAGUCAUAGUCACCUUGCUAUCCUCAACGGUGAACAACUGAUGGAAAUAUUUCAAACCAAACUAGUGAUUCGCGACGCAAGAGACAGUAUAAAGAAAUCCAAAAAGUCCAUGAGAGAGUCUGACUCAGAGAAGAGAUCUGCUAAAACAUUUAAGAAUCCGGUCUCACCGCGAUUCUUGAGGGCAAAAUAUGACGUUCCUGAGGAAUUGAAAAUUUGUAGAGAAGAAUCUACAGAUUCAAGUGGAUCAAGAAAGGUUAAAAAACGUGAACUGCGUCAGAAAUUAGAACGAGAACCUGCGAACAUCUCAGAAGCCACUUUCAUGAAAGCCGCAAAGGCCAGAUCGUCACAAAAAAAGGGGAAGAAGAAAAAAGGGGAAGAAAGCAUGCCAACGAGCGAAACAAGACUCAAAACGGAAAGCUCAACGUUGAGGAAGGAAAACGCACGCAUUCUUCCGGAAUGGGGACUUUCCUCUUCCGAGCUACCGGUUGAGAAACGAGUUGUUAGAGAACGACCAAAAUCACCGCCGACAUUACAGUACUCAUCCUCGCAGUCAGCACUUAUUGGCGGAAAGGUUCAUCGAGUAUCUCCGCCCAGCUCUCGCGUUAGAAAUCACUCUCACAAAAAAAGCGAAAACUUUAGAUUAGCUGAAAAGUCGCAAUCAUACUUAGAUCGACAAAUUAGUGCUGCUAGAAGAAGAAGUUAUAUAGCAAAACAACAGAUUAAAAAGUCCAGAUCAAAGAUAAAGGAAUCUAAAAAAGCUAUGAAAGAGCAAGAUAAGGCGAGCAGAAGUGAGAAAACGUUCACUAACCCUGUCAGCCCGAAAUAUCUAAAGGCAAAAUAUGCAAUACCUAAAGAGCUGCAAGUUCACAGGGAUACGGAUGAGGUUAUGGUCGACGUAUCUGAAAAAGAAGAGCGUGAAAGGCAGUCGAACUGGUCGUCAAGUAUGUCAAGAUCAAAUAAAAGCCAUUCGUCAAGAAAGUCGCUGAGAUCAAAGAAAAAGCAUAAAAAUGGGAAAACGAAGAAGACGGAAGAAGAUGUAGUACCUCAAAGAACGGAAUCUUACCUGAACCUAGUGAAUAGGUAUGCCAUCGCUGGAAGGAAAAUUAAAAGGAAGUCACCAUUAAGAAAAGGGCUAGAACAGAUUCGAGAGAAACGAGAGAAUAUCAGGAAAUCCAGGAAAACUAUGCGAAAAGUUGAUACCUCCAAAAAUGUUUCAAAAGAGUUUGUGACAAAUCCAGGAAAAGCACCCAGCAUUCAUACCAUAAUUAAGAGACAAGAAGAACUGGCAGCUAGGAUAGAAGAAGGCGAGCAGAAACAAGGGCCU